GUCACCUCUUAGUCUUCUGUCCCGUGUGGAACUCGUGCUGCUGAUGUCAUUGUUAUUGAUGAGGUCACAGCUCGGGUGUUGCUCAUGUUGUAGUACGAGUGACGUCACGGAGAGGGGACUGAGUCUGUGGGAGGGGCAAGAAGUCACAAUGUGUGCUGGUCGGCUCCUGGAGAUGAUGUCACGUGACAGGGUGGCUGCUCCUGGGGAUCACGUGACAGCGUGGCUGCCCCUGGGGAUGAUAUCACGUGACAAUGUCUGAACCUGGGGAUCACGUGACUGUGGUGAAUCUUACAAUAUGGACAAUAUUCUGGCUGCUGAUGUUGAUGAUGAUGAUGUACCAGUGUUUGGCAAUAGCAGGAGCAGAGUUUCUCCCCCCAAAUGCAGGUCCCUAUUGUGGAACAGCGGAGCCCCUGAGAGGGAAUGUUCUGGCCUGUGUAUGGACUGAUCUUUAUUGGGAUUCGCCAAAGUUCGAGAAGAAGUACCUGGCGGAGCGCCAAAUCGGCUCGUUGAGUAAGGGCACCCAGUUUGAAUACGCCUGGUGCCUGAUCCGCAGCAAAUACAACGAUGACAUCAAGAAAGGGACCCGGAUCCUAGAGGAUCUCCUGCCCAAAGGGAAUAAAGAGGAGCAAAGGGACUAUCUGUUCUACCUGGCUGUGGCGCAUUACAGGUUAAAGGAAUAUGAGAAAGCGCUGAAAUAUGUGCGGACUCUCCUGAGUGCCGAGCCAAAGAACAACCAGGCCCUGGAUCUGGAGAAGGUCAUUGAGAAGGCCAUGCAGAAAGAUGGACUGGUCGGCAUGGCGAUCGUCGGCGGAGUUGCUCUGGGCGUCGCUGGUCUAGCUGGUCUAAUCGGAUUGGCCAUCUCCAAGUCCAAAUAAAGGAAGUCGCCACAGAAAAGCCUUAUUUUGCACUAAUUGUGUAGCCCUUGGUCGCCCUACUUCUAAAACUGGGGGGGGAGCUAAAAGAUGUCAGUACUCCAAGCCAGCCCAUUGGUGCCGGAUAUUAAUUUAUUUACUGCCCCGCCUACCUGCGUCCUGUUCAGCUUUAUACGCCUUCGCUCACAGCAGAUUCCAUGGUUCUCUAUUUAACGUUCUACAAUAAUAACAGAGACACUUACUUGAUUUGGGGAGUGAGAGGUCACCCCGUUUUUUUCCCCUUCCUUUUUCCAUUUCUGUACAUAUAACCUGUUCCUUCCAUGUCUGACAUGAGCACUUUGGUUCUAAUAAAGAUUCUUUACUAAGA